CAUUACACACCAAUACUAUACCUCAACUCAAAAUAUUUGAUUACUGAAAUUUCAUUAAGUUUAAUAACUAGGUUGCCAAUUUAAUCUCCUAGUCGUCGUUGUUGUCGUCGUCGUUUAAUCUAUAAUAUAUAAAUGGCUGCUGCUGCUGCUGCUAAUCUCUCGGCUAUCCUCCCACGAGUUCUCAUUGUUUCUCGACGCACCGUUCGUAAGAACAAAUUUGUCGAUUUCGUCGGUGAAUACCAUUUGGACCUAAUAGUAAAGUAUGGGGCCGUGCCAGUAAUAGUGCCCCGGGUCUCGGGCAUUCACAUGCUACUAGAGAGCUUUGAGCCUAUUCACGGUGUGCUCUUGUGUGAAGGCGAGGACAUUGAUCCCUCUCUCUAUGAAUCCGACUUUAACUCCGGCGAACUUUCACCCGAGGAAAUUGAGGAAAUCCGACGAUUACAUGCUAGUGACACCGCCAUUGACAAGGAAAAGGACUCAAUUGAGCUCAGGCUCGCCAGGCUUUGCCUUGAGCGCAACAUCCCUUACCUAGGAAUUUGUCGUGGAUCUCAGGUACUAAAUGUAGCUUGUGGUGGAACGCUCUAUCAAGACGUGGAGAAAGAGUUAGCGAGAAAGGUACCCGAGGAGCAAAGAGUGUCCCAUAUCAACUAUAGCAACUACGAUGAUCAUAGGCACGUAGUUAAGGUGUUAGAAGGUACCCCAUUACAAAAGUGGUUUAAGGAAACUUUGGUGUCACAAGAGAAUUUGGAGAUUCUUGUCAAUAGCUACCACCAUCAAGGGGUCAAGCGAUUGGCCCAACGAUUCGUCCCCAUGGCGUACUCGCCGGAUGGGUUGAUCGAAGGCUUUUAUGACCCCAACACGUACGAGCCGGAGGACGGAAAGUUUAUCAUGGGACUCCAAUUUCAUCCUGAACGUAUGAGGCGAUCUGACUCUAAUGAGUUUGAUUAUCCUGGUUGUCCUUGUGCUUAUCAGGAGUUUGUGAAGGCAGCAAUUGCAUACCAAAAAAGGAUUAGUAACAAUUCAAUGAACGUGCCUAAGUUACUUAAAUUGGAUCACACAUUGGAGAAAAAGAGGAGAGUUAUUGUUAGGAGUUUCUCGCUUGCUAAAGAUAUUUAUUCAAGUGGAAAUGGUAUCAAACCAUCUAAAGAAUCCGAACUUGAUGCUGGGGCUAAUUUUCUCGAGUCUAACACAGUGAUGAGUAAGCAGCAAGAAGCAAGGUUGAUAGAAGUAGGAGCAACCGUAAGAAAUGCGUUUACAUAUUUUGAGAAAAUUAAGGUGAACGAGGAGAGAGAAAAUUUGGCAAAGAAAAUAAUGGAAAAAAUGUCAGUAGAACAGCUCACUGAUCUCAUGACUUUCUACCAAACAAUGGGCCAGACUUGCUCUUAUGUUUUGGACAGAAAACUACACGAAUUAUGACUUUAUGAUAUUGUAAAUGUUGAAUUGGGCCCCAUAUGAUUAAUAAACUUGGGCCCAAAUUAGGCCAACUCUGAAUUUGUAGGCUCUCUUAUGCUUGGUUAAAACAAUUAAAGUUAAAAUAAAUAAAUUAUGGAAUUUGUAGCAAUUUUUUAUUUUUUUGACGUGAAAUUUGUACCAAAUUUGUAAAUAUGGAGUAGUAUUAUUUUCCUUCA